AGUAUAAUUCACAUUUCUAGAAACCGCAUGUUCAGUUGGUUAGAAGUUUUGAAAAAUAUUUUCUCUAGAAAAAUGAGUUUUCCACUAAAAGUAGGGAAAACAAGUUCUACAAGUGACAUUUCAUAUUAAUUGUUUCCUCUCACCGCCCAAACACACUUCAUGUGAUACCCCACCCACCACCUACCUCCACGCCCCACCUCCCAUAAUUUAUAUCUAGAUUAUAGUAUACAAAUUCAUCAAGAAUAAUAUUUUUUAAAUAAUAAAUACAAAUAUAAUUAAUCUCCAAAUCAAACUAACACCCGACCUUAGCUCAGUUGGUAGAGCGGAGGACUGUAGUAUGCUUCGUAGCAAUCCUUAGGUCGCUGGUUCGAAUCCGGCAGGUCGGAGUUUUGCCCCUUUCUUUUUUCCCCCCUCUUUCUUGCUUUAUUUUUUCUGCCAGCGAAUCCAACAUCCUUAAACCCCUUGUCUCUGAUUCCUUAAUCCCUUCACUCCAACAUCAAAAUUUCAAGAAACUAACCUCCACACAAAUGACACUUUGGAGUCUCCUUUCUUCCAUUACCAAAACCUUAAAUUCCCCAAACCCCAAUGCCCCUUUCUCUCAAUUCCCUUCCCAAUUCAAACAAUUGUGGUCCCAUUCCUCCCCGAACGUUACGCUUAGCGGGAGUUUCAGUGCACCGGGCCGCCCUUCCCUUUUCACUUCCCAGUUCAAAGAAUUCUCCACCUCCUUCCUCCUAACCAAAAUCCCCAAAAAAUUCCGCAAAAAACGAAAGAAAAAAGACUCCCCACGUUCAAAAUUAGUCCAAACUCAACCAAACAUCAACCCCCAUUUCGAAAACAUCCUUUUACACGACACCCAUUUCAGAUUCCUUAAAAAAACCAAAGAAUUCCUGUCCAAACAACCCCAUCAUGUUCUCCGCCUCGACGAUGCCGGGAAACUUCAUCAGCAGUUGGGGUUCCCGCGUGGUCGGAAAGUUGUUAAAUCUCUCCAACGACACCCGUUGAUUUUCGAUAUUUAUCGGCAUAAUGAUGGUAAGAUGUGGAUUGGUUUUACUGAUUUGAUGGAAGAGUUGUUGGAUGAGGAAUGUAGAAUUAUGAAUGAAAUGGAGAGUGAUAGAGUUAAUGUAGUUAGGAAGUUGUUAAUGAUGUCGAAAGAUAAGAGGAUUGGUUUGAGCAAGAUUUAUCAUAAUAGAGGUUUGUUUGGUAUACCUGAGGAUUUUCGGGAUAGGUUAGGGAAGUAUGAGGAGUAUUUUAAGGUGAUUGUUGAGGAAGAUGGGAAGAGGGUUGUUGAGCUUGUGAAUUGGGAUCCUACAUUGGCCGUGAGCGCGUUGGAAAAGGAGUAUAUGGUUGAUGAGGAUAAGGUGAAGAAGGCGUUUAAGUUUCCGAUUAAACAUGGGAAAGCGUUGAACUUGGAUGAAGGUGAUGAGAGGAAGUUGAAUUUGUUGUAUACGUUGCCUUUGGUUUCGCCUUAUUCGGAUGGGAGUAAGUUGGAUUUGUGGACGGUGGAGGCGGAGAAGUUUAGAGUUGGAUUGAUUCAUGAGUUCUUGAGCUUGAUGUUGGAGAAGAGAGCUUAUAUACAUAACAUUGUGGAGUUCAAGGAGGAGUUUUGUCUUACGAAGCAUACUUAUCAGAUGCUCUUAAAACAGCCUAGGACGUUUUACUUGGCUGGUACGGAAAUGAAUUGGUCUGUUUUUCUUAAGGAUGCGUAUGGGGAAGAUGGUGUUUUGCUAAAUAAGGAUCCGCAGGUGCUGUUCAAUGAGAAACUCUAUAGAUAUGCAGACAUGAAAGUAUUGAAGCCAAGCAGUGAUGUCUAUGAGACAUGAAAGGUUGAAUUAACUUUUACUUCUCACGUAACUUAUGGUGAUGAUGGAGCUUCGUAGAGCAGAAUUUACAUUAUGGACUCCGUCCACCUAUGUUAUUGAUCAAAGCAACAUAAAUCUUGAGGUACCUAGAGUUUCUUUCGAACACCUAUUUACCGUUUUCCUGCUGCCUAUUUUGCUUUCAGCUGUAAAUUGUAAUGGUGCCGGGACUCUAAAUCAUCUCCAAAAUGUAGAGCACUAUUGCAUUCACAAUGUAAAAAAUUAUGUACUACUUAUAAGAAGAAGAUAUACGAUGUUGAAAACUAUUGCAUUUCA